AUGCCUACUGGACAACUUAAAGUUUUAGUUGUGAGUGCUAAAGACCUGCCAAACAAAGAUGAGAAAGGUGAUCCCUAUGUAAAUGUUUACAUUGAAAGUGGAUAUGUUCAGAAAACACAGACCAUACCCGGUGACUUAUCACCGGUUUGGAAUGAAUCGUUUACUUUUCAAGUAGAAGAUGGCAAACAUAAACUUCACCUUGAUGUUUAUGAUUCUGAUGAAGGAAAAAAAGAUGAUAGUUUGGGCAUCACAACUAUUGAUCUUAAAGAUGUAUUCGAAAAAGGAAAAGACGAAAAGACUGUAGACUUAUCAUCAUCAUCAUUAUUCUUUCCUAAAGCACAAGGUAAAAUUACUGUUCAAUUGGAAUUUACUAAGAAAUAG